UAGCAUAAAUUAAAAAUGCUCAUAAUUCACUUAAAAACUUAAUAAUCGUAAAAAACCAACAUACAAACACAGAUAAUGUUCUUACCAUCAAGUUUCAUAAUAGGUCAAUUCACUCUAAUGUUUAAACUAACGGAGCUAAAAGUGAUCUGCUGAGCAUAAAUUUACUAUGUUACGUACUUGUAAGACGGAGACAACACAUGCGAGUGUUGCGGCCUCUUAACAUGUGAUGAAUGCGAUGAACGUGAUGUUGAAUAAAAAUAUACAGGCGCAUUUAUGGAAUGAUAUACUUAUAUUACACUGUAAAUAUCCUAGUGCAGUAUAAAACUUAAUUUUAGUUUUGUUAUUAUCAUUAGAAAUAUAAUUCAUAUUAUAUUGCAUUAUAUUAUUGUACUUACGCUAUUAUAUAAAUAAAAAUAUAGCUAUGAAGACUUAUAUCUACCUACACAUUAUGUGAUUCAUGUUAACCGAAUGAACAAAAUAAUAAUUGUACUUAUAGAGUAGAUAAUUAUUUAACAAGCUAUAGAUACAAAGUUUUAUGGACCCGAAAUGGAAACUAAUACAACAAAUAAUUGGAGUUGGGAUAAUUUUGUAAAAAAUGUUCUUUGUCUCACACAUCCGGAAAAGUCUUGGAUACAUGAUGAAUCUAUGACAUGGACUCAUCGUUUUUGCGCGCAAGUACUUUCGUAUGGAGAAAUACCGAAACAUAUAGCAUUUAUAUUGGACGGUAAUAGACGUUAUAGUAAGAAAAAUUGUAUUUCUAUGCAACAAAGCUAUGCAAAAGGGUUUGACAAAAUAUUUGAAACAAUACAAUGGUGCUUACAUUUAGGUAUAAAAGAAGUUACUGUAAACAUGUCCAGCUUAAAUAACUUUAAGAGAACACAAGAAGAAAUCGAUGCAUUGUUUGAUGAAAUCAAAACAUUUUUAAUAAGAGAUAUGUUGAAUGAACUAGGCGUAUGUAUAACAUUUUUCGGUAACAUCAAAACACUACCAGAUGAUAUGGUUAAGGUAUUAGAAAAAUCAAUGCUUAUAACAAAACAAAACAACAAGAUAUCAUUAAAUAUUGCAUUUUCUUAUACUGGACAUGAUGAAUUAACAAAUGCAUUCAAUCAAAUAUCUAAUGGUAUUAAAAAUAAUGACUUGGAGGAAUCAGAUUUAUCAGUUGAAAUAUUAAAUAAGUGUAUGUAUACCUAUCCGUCCCCACCACCUGAUUUAUUAGUAUGUACAUCUGGUGAGACUAAACUGAGUGAUUUCAUGUUAUGGCAGUGUGCUUACAGUUACAUUUAUUUUACAUCAGUCUUAUGGCCAGAAUUUACUGCGUGGGACUUUAUGAUUGCUAUUUUCAUGUACCAAAGAAAUUUUAGAGCAUUUAUACGUUAUAAAAUACCAACUAAAAAAUUAAGCCCAAGGGGUGAAAAAUUUGUUGAAAAUGUACAUCAAAACCGGUUAAAUAGUCUUUUUACAAUUGCGUGAUAAUAUUAAAAUUGGUGUUAUUUUUAAAUUUAUAAAAUUAAAUUACAUUAUAAAAUAUAUCUAUCUAUUCAUUUACAUCAGGGAUUGGCAUUCGGCCCACGUGCCUUUUUUAUCUGUCCCCUGCUACAUUUUAAAAUUACGGGAGAUGUUAAACUGCGACAAAAUUACACCUUUUCUAAAAGUCGAUAUGUGAACUGCGCAAAAAAAAUAAAAAUUAACAUUAUACAAGCUGCGACAGUUUAUUUUAUAUAUAUAGUAUAAUAAAUACUAUGUACAUAACCAAUACGAUAACACAUAUACGUGAAUCAUUUAAUUAAAUAUAUAUUUAUAUGUUAUGGUAUUAGUAUAGCUACAGAUAAUGUACCAAAAAUGAUUUUUCUUGUAGAGUAAUAUUUUUGUUGUUUAAGACCAAUUUGGGUCUGCAUGUUUUCUUAUUUAAACGAAUCCAUGUUAAAUAACCGCUUUUUUGGAACUAUAUUUAAUUUUCAAAUUUAAAAUUGUUUAGCACCAAUAAUUGUUUGCCGUUUUGGUUAAACAUUUGUGUAAGUUCCAUUUUAAAUAUAAUAUUACACGACACAUCACGUACUAAUUUAACUUGUGAUAAUCUUGUACUUAUGAACUGUGAAGGAGCCGAUAUUUAGUAUAUUGCAU